UCAUCAAUGCUUUUUAUCCCUUCUAAACUAGUAUUUGUUGUAUAUAGAAGAAGUGAAAAAGAACAAACAACAGCGUGUAUUUUGGGAUGUUUCUCGGUGAAUGCGGUGAUAGAGGUUCCAUUCAAACUCUGUUGUGAUUUGCGAACUUUCUCGUAACAGAGAUGGGUUGGGUGAUGUUCAAAAAUCACAAGAAGAGAAAUAACGAACCUUUGCGGCUCUGCAAGGAACGAAAGAGGCUCAUAAACUCAGCCAUUGAUUCAAGAUACGCUCUCUCUGCUUCGCACCUUUCUUACAUUCACUCUCUUCAAAACAUUGGCGUUGUUCUUCGCCGUUACGCUCAGGCACAGUUACUAGACUCGCCACCUUCGGGUUCGGUUUCUGUUUCUGAAUCAAAUUACCCUUCUUCUUCUUCGUCACCAUCACGUGCUCAUGAUGAAGAUGGAAGUCACGUGGGUUACCCAACGAGGUCACGUGACAAUGAAGAUGUUGGUCUCACUGUUAGCAUAAAUAAAAAUUGCAGUUACGGCAGUUACUUGGAUCGUGAAUUUUCGGUACCUUCACUUUCUACUACUGAGAAUGGUGCUGCUUCUUCUUCGGAUUUCUUUAAUCCUUUAAGACUCGAGUGCAAGCAUGGAGAAGGAGAGGAUUUCCUAAACUCCGUGGAUAAUGAAAAGGAUAUUAACAGAGGAAAUGGGUGCAGGGGUUCAUCAGUAAAUUGCUAUGACCAAUUAUCAUUUGUUUUAAGAGUAGUUGAAGGUUUGAAGAUGGAGUUACCAAGCAAUGUGGAAAAUGUGCACACUGAAAGAGAAGAUCCUUCUCAGUUCAUCACACAUAGAGCUAAAGAUUUUGUUACUAGCAUGAAGGAAAUUGAGCAUAGAUUCUUUCGUGCUUUUGAAUCUGGUAGAGAGGUUUCUAGGCUUCUAGAAGCUAACAAAAUCAUGGUUGGAUAUUCUGAAUCCAAAGGGAAGCCUUCUGCAACGGCAUUGCUAAGAGCUUUUCGUUCUGUUUUCCAUGGCGGAAAAGUGAAACCUCUUUCUAAAGGACCUGCACAAAAAGUAAUUUGUUGGCGAAGGAUAGUACCUUCUCAAUCAUCUUUAUUCAAAGACUCUUUAGCUUCACCAUCAAAGGAAGAUAUGGAUCAGGAUGCUGGUGGAAGCAACUCUUGCACCCUUGAGAGAUUAUAUGCAUGGGAGAAAAAACUCUAUGACGAAGUCAAGGCUAGUGAAUCCAUCAGAAAGGAGUAUGAUAGAAAAUGUGAGCAACUAAGGCAUCAAUCUGCCAAAGAUGAAAGCACUCGAGUGAUUGAUAAAACUAGAUCGGUAGUGAGGGAUCUGCACUCAAGGAUAAUAGUGGCCAUUUAUUCUUUUGAUACAAUAUCCAAACAGAUUGAAAGAGUGAGAGAUGAAGAGUUGCUUCCACAACUUUUGGAAUUAAAUCAAGGAUUAGUUAAGAUGUGGAGGGCUAUGCUUGAGUGCCAUCAUGCUCAAUUCAUCACAAUUUCUUUGGCAUAUCAUUCAAGAAGCUCAACAAGAACCAUAGAAGCCGAUGCUCGCAGAGAGAUCCUAGCUCAACUUCUAGAAGAAUUCAAGUGCUUUGGCCUAAGCUUCGAUAAUUGGAUUAACAGCCAUACCUCAUACGUCGAAUCUCUCAAUGGAUGGCUACAAAACUGCGUUUUACAGCCAAGUGAUCGUUCCAAGAAUAGAAGGCGGCCGCUCUCCCCUCGCCGUGUUCUUGCCCCUCCAAUAUUUGUUCUCUGCCGUGAUUGGUCUUCAGGGAUCAAGGCAUUGCCGGCCGACGAUCUAAGCCGCGCAAUCAAAGUCUUUGUAUCCGAGCUUUGCCGUGUCAUGAAGCAACAAGAAGAUAAAGAACUACAAGAGAAACAGAAUUUAAGUGGUGAAUUAAACAAUGAGGAAACAAAGAGCAAUAAUAAUACUAUUGAGGAUACUAGUGAAGAUGACUAUGCAGAUUUGUGUUGUAUACAUGAAAGCUUAACCAAGGUUCUUAGUCAAAUGACUAAAUUUUCCGAGGCAUCACUGAAGAUGUCUGAAGAUGUUAAGCAAAAAAGUCAGGCAGCUCAAGCUGCUUAUCAUAAUUGCAAAUCUGUUAGGACUGGGAGAUUUUAAUCCUCACUUUGUUUGAAUGGGGCUGUACAUUCAUGAAAUAUUAGUGCCAAAUAC